AUGAAUUUUACCAUCAAUUCAAACAUUUUUAAGAUCUAAAAUCACGAAUAAAUGAACUAAUUUAUUAACUUUUUGAAGCUUAAUGGACAAUUUACAAAUGGAGAAUUUCACUUUGGAGACUAGUAACAUGAAAAAAAAUUUACUAUUUUUUAAUAAGCAUUUUAAACAUUAAAAGAAAACUUUCCAGAAUUCAAACUUAAAUUUAAAUGUCAUAAAGGCAAUCAAUAAGGCUCUAUUGAUAUUGAUUAAAAGAUGAAAAGUGAAGAUACAAGAUAAACAUUCUAAACACGAACAAAUGAUUAAUCAAUUAGUUUAGAUUAAUAUAGAACUUUCGAAAAUUAACAACCUUAAAUGUAAGUUUAAUAGGAAGUCAAGAAUAUAGAAUCACAUAUAGAAUAUAAAAAAGAUGAAAGUUUAAAAUUGCAAUAAAGUGAAGGAUCAGAUGAAGAAUCUGAAUUUGACAAUUUUCAAGAUAAUAAUCUAAAACAAACGAUUAGUUUUGAAUAAAAUGAUGUAUUUUAAUUAGAAGAUAAUGAGUAUAUUACAGAGUUACAUAGUGAUAUUCUUCGAUAAUUACAUAAUUCAGAAUGCAGAAAUUUGCAAUUUAAUAGUGAAGUGGCUAAUUAAGAUGUAGUUGAUUCUGAGAUCAAAAUUCUUGGAUUAGACACAGCUUAAAUAAUAAAACUAUAAAAUGAUUUGAUACUUAAAAUUGUGUAGAAAUUCUUUUUAUAAGAAUGGAAUCAAUUAAUUAAUUCCUUAAAUUUAGAGCAAAAGAAAAUGAAAAUGAAUCUUUACAGACUUCUAAUAAUUUAAGAUAUUGAACAAGUUAAAAAAGGAAUAUUAGACUUCAUUAAUAAAAUUUCAUAUAUAGACAUUGAAUUUUGCUAUUAUACUAAUUAUACAAUGAUAGCUGAGUCUAAGAUAAAUGAAUUUUUAAGACGCUAUGAAAUAUACCCAUUUCAACAUUUUGAUAACUUCUAUUUAGUUUCUAAAACCUAGAAUGUGUCUCAACUUCAAGAAAUAAGUCAAAAAAUAAAUAACAAUUAUAGAGGAAUAUUCUUACAUUUUUCAUCAUUAAGGCCAUAUAAAUAAGAAAUUUAAUAUAAUAAGGAUCUGGCAUUAUGUAGAUCCCUAUAUUAUGAAAAAAAUUUAGUUGAGCAGUUUAAAUAAAUAUGUAUGAAUCAAUAUUUUGAUGAAUAAUACUUUUUUUUAGAAAUGAAUUUUAGUCAUGUUAAGCAGGAUAGAGAUUUAUUUGAAAAAUAAAUUAAAAAAUAUAUUCAAAAUAAUUUAAAAUGUCCUUUAUUAUUAAAGUUUACUACUUAAUGUAAUUAAAAAGAUGAAAAAAUUAUAGAUAAAUUGUUUUAAGAUGAAAUUGAAGCUGAAUAAUUAAAUAUUAUAUAUUUAAAUAAAGAAGGAACAUUCCUAAUUUUUGGGAAUCCAGAACACCUUUUAGAUAUAUUUAAAACAAUUAGUGCAAAGUAAGAAACAUAAAAAACUUUUAUCACAUAAACAACUUUAUUUGUUGACAGGUAAAAUGCUAGCUGGCCGACAUUUUCUUAAUAUAAACCUUUUGAUUUAGACGCCUUACCUCAAAUCAUGAAAGAACUUGGAUUUAAAAAAUAAUAAAGUUAAGAAUCUGAGAUGAUUUUCUAGAAUACUGAAAAAAUUAACUUUAAUCAUUUUUGUAAGAAAAAUAAUAAUAUAUAGUAAAAAUAAUGGAAAUGAUAUGUGUGAUUCGAUAAUAAAAUUAAAAUAAGGAGAAGAUUAAAUCUAUUAACAAUAAAUUUCUUUUAAAUCCAUAUAAGGCUUAACUUAAUAGAUUGGAUAAUGAAUUAUUUUCUCUAUCUUAAGAGGGUUGUUCAAAAGGAAAAAAAGAAACUUUUUCAGUUACAAUUGAUAUCGUUUAAAACAACAUUAAAUAAUUCUCUUGCUCAAAAAUCAUAGAAUUAAAAGUAUAAGUUUCUUUAUAAUUUAGCCUAAAUUUUUGGAUAGCAUUAUUAAUGAUUACUUUUACUAAGAUUUUUAAGAAAAACUAGUUUAAAGAAAUUAAUAAAUUUAAUUUAUUAAAAUAGAAGAAGGUAAAUAUUAACUUUCUUCUUAAAACAGUUAAGUGAUUAAACAAUUUGAAGAGUAUUUCUCUAAAUUUGUGACAUAAAAACUUAUUUUAAAUCAAGAGCUAUUAAGUGUUUUUUAAUUUAGUAAUUAUAUGAAAUAAGAAUUCUCUAAAAAAGGUGUUUAUUACAAAUUAGAACCUGAUGGAAUAAUUUUUAUUUCAAAGAGCAUGGAUUCAAUUAAUAAUGUUAUUUAAAGCUUAUAAAAUUAUAGAGGAUUUAUUAUAACCAUGCAUAGUUUAAAAUCUUAAAAUUUAGAGGAAAAACUUGAAAAUUAUUAAUUAGUUUAAGCUAGAAUUGGAUAUAUGAAAUAUAUAUUGGGAGAUUUUUUAUAAAAUAUUAAUCAUCAUUAAUAAAAUGUAAAAAUUAUGGAGAUAGAAUUUAAGGAGGAAUAAGAGAUAAGUGCAUUUAGUAUAUUCCAUUUAAAUUUUGAUAAAUAGAGAAUCAAUUUUAAUUCAUAGAUGAUGGAUUCAGCAACAAUUUUAUUAUAAGAGGAUAUUAUAUCAAUGAUUUAACAUUUGUACUUUUUCGAAUUAAAAACUGAUUAAGAAACUGGUAAAAUCAUAUUUUUAAAUAUUAUUAAAAAUCCUAAAAUUUAUGUUACUUUCAAAUAAUAAUACAGUGAUUACUUUAUUACUAUGUUGGGAAAUUAAAAAUAAUACAAAGAAUUAUAUGAAAAUUUGAUUCAAUUAUAAAAUAAUCAAAAACAAUAACAAAAUAUUGAAUUCAGUAUAUAUAUUGAUUAAUUUUGUGUUUUUCAAAAUAUAAUACAAAUUCAAUAGAGCAAAAAAAAAUUUAAACAAGAUUUUGAAAAAAAAGGUUUUGAAGUUGAUGAUUAAAAAAUUAAAUGGAUUAUCAAAUCAAAAAAACCAACUUAAUCAUGUAAUUAUUUCAAUAAUUUUAGUUUAAAUAUUAUCAAUUUUAGUAAAUAAAAUGAUUGAGGAGGAUGAAUCUAGAUAUUAUUAAGAUCCUAAUGAUAAAAAUGAUAAUUUUCUCUCAAAUAUUUCUGCAAUUAAAUAGGAAGGAUCAUCCUUUUAAAGCAAAUCAUUCAUAUAUUAUUAUUAAGACUUCUUUGAGGAUUGGUAAUCAAAAAAUCUUUCUAAUAGCAUAUAUUAGGAUGAAACUAUGAAAAAGCUUCAAUAAAUAACAAUUAAUAAAAAUGAGAUAUAUCUACCUUAAAAAUAGUAAUUAUCAUAAUAAACUAUUUUAUCGUUCUAAAAUGAAGAUUUUAACAAGUAAAAUAUAUAAGUACAAUAAUAACAAUAACAAUAAUAAUAAUAAUAACAAUAAUAAUAAUAAUAAUAAUAAAAAUAAUAAUCAACAAAUCAAAUCAAAAUCGAUAACAUACUGCAAAACUAAAAUUAAUAUGAUAAUGAUGAUAGUGCCUAGAUGAGCAGUUCUUAAAUAAGUAAUAGUUAAUCAAGUUAAAUAAUAAAAGAAUCUUAUUAAUUUUAGUCUGAAAUAAGUCCUACUUUUGAAAAAAAAUGUUUAUUAGUUGAAUUUUAAAAGAAUUUAAUUUCAAUAGUACCUCCGCUUGAUGAAAAGUUAGUUCAACAUCUCACAUAAAAUUUAAAAAAUGAAAAAUUUGAAUAUUUUGAACCAUAAGUAAAUUAGGAUUACAUUAAUUAUUUUCAUAAAAUAGCAUAACAAACAAUUACAUUAUAUAUUAUCUAAAAACAAGAUAAAGAAUACCAUAAUGAAUUUUCAAAAAAGCUAUUGUAUUAUUUAAAUUACGAAGUAUUAAUUGAAAAAUUUAUGAGUCACAGUUCUUUAAUUAUUAUCUGCUGUAAAGCAAAUAAAGCAGCACGUUAUUAAAUUCCAAAUAAAGAUAAGAGUUAUUAAAUUUGUUUAAAAGAUUCGAAUUAAGUUUUACCUUUUUUAUGGAUUAGAAGAAAAACAAUUUAAAGUUGA